UAUUACUUUAGUUAUUUAAUUGUAUGUACUUACUAAGUCAAACACAUAUAUUUUAAUAAUAAGUAAGUCAGUUAUAAGUCAUAAGUAAGUAUAGUUAGUAUUAGUAUUAACUAUUACUAUAGACUAUAUACUAUAUUACUAUUAGUUUUAUUAUUUAAGACAGUAUAAAUAAGUUAAAACUUACUGAACUUACUAAAAUGUAAAUUAAAUGACUAACUUAAACUAACUGAAACUCUAAUUAGUCGUAGACUUAGUAUAAUACUAAUAAUUAAUAAUACUAAGUAAAGUAAUUUUAAUUAGUUUAAUUAGUAUUAGUAAUUACUCAGUGACUUAGUUAGUAAGUGAGACUUGUGACUUAGUCUUAGAAGUCUUAGUUAAUGUUGUCGUUUGUAUUGUCUUAAAAGUUAGUUAAUAUUCAAAGUAUUGUCACUUAAAACUUAUUGUGGUAUUGUAUAAUCAUCUAAUUCUAAUUAUUUUAAAUGCAGUGCUGUCCAACCUUUUUGUCUACGUGGGCAUCGUGGGCCAAAAAAUUUUCCUGGGCCACACGAGGGGCGCAAAUGACAUCUCAAAAGAAAAUUAUUCAUAUUAUUAAUUAUCAAUACUUCUUUUCUUAACUACGCCUUACCCAUUCAGAGUCAUAUGUCCAAUAGCAUUAUCGGCUCAUCAAGGUUAUAAAUAAAGUGAAUAAAAAACUUUUUUUAUGAUACAUUUUGCUUUGAAUUUUACUUGCAAUUUUCUUAAUUUCUGGUAGUUAUCAGUAGCACAUGCCCUCAUUAGAUUACUUAAUGUACACCAGUCAAAGCUUUAUGUUUUUUGAACCAUAUUGGUCAUUACAGAGAAUCCAGCUUCACUGAUAUUGAUAUAGGAGAUAGGUGCUUCCAAAAAUAAUAGGUGCUUCCAAAAAUAUGGUCACCAUUUUUAUAACAUUCCAUAGUUGUGGAAAUUCAUCAGAUGAAACAUGACGUGAUCCAGAAUUCAUUAGGCACACAUUAUUAUGUUUUUUUAUUUUUAAGAAACACUUUAAAAAAUCUUCCUAUCUUUCACACAAUUCCUCCCUGACUGAAUUGCACUAACUACAAGCUAUCACAGCGUAUAUCCUUCUUUCUACUCUUUGAACAUCUCACACUCUGCUCUCUGAAUACCAUAUAGUACUUGUGGCAUUAGUUAAUAUGAUUGUUAUAAUAAGUAAGUCAUAAGUAAUAAGUUAUACAACAUAAGUAAUAAGUAACUUGUGAAAUUAGUCUUGACUGUCUUAAUUUUUAAGUCUAAAAUAACGACAAAUGAAAACAAGCUAGCUCUAAAUUAAAGUACUUGGCUGAUUUUGACACACACACACCCACUCCACGGUGCAGAGAAUUUUAUGGCCUCGAGCAGAUCCAAAAAUUUUGGGCACCCACAAAUUUCAAAAUAAGUGUACGAAUCAUUUUGUGAAUUCGAGCCAAAAGAGACUUUUUUAAAUCACUACAAAAGCGCCCUUAUUGCCCUUUGUUUUUCCAACUCAUCUAUGAUUUUUUAAAAAUCAACCUCCUCGCUAAAAGACUCAAUACUUAAUAAGGCCAUAUCACGUGUAGUUCUCUCUUGAACCAUAGUUGAUAUCAAUAAAUUUUUGAUGAAUAUGAGAUUGCUAAAUGGCCUCUCUGCUUUUGAAAAAGUUACUGGAAUUGAACAAAAAAAAUAUGCAAUAUGAAUCAUUUUGUGAAUUCGAGCCAAAAGAGACUUUUUUAAAUCACUACAAAAGCGCCCUUAUUGCCCUUUGUUUUUCCAAUUCAUCUAUGAUUUUUUAAAAAUCAACCUCCUCGCUAAAAGACUCAAUACUUAAUAAGGCCAUAUCACGUGUAGUUCUCUCUUGAACCAUAGUUGAUAUCAAUAAAUUUUUGAUGAAUAUGAGAUUGCUAAAUGGCCUCUCUGCUUUUGAAAAAGUUACUGGAAUUGAACAAAAAAAAUAUGCAAUCCAAUUAUCACAUUUCCAAAAAUUUCAAACAGCUUAAAUUCUAAAAUUUAGUCCCACAAAUUUGGAGAAAGUUGACAGGAUGAACUUGUCUCAAAUGCAAGAUUAUUCCACGAGAUCAGCCUUAGAAACCUCAGAGGAAUAUCUUCUGGAAACAAUAGUGCAAGAACUUCUAAUGUCAACUUCAGACAUGAUGAUUAAUUCAACAAGAAUCUGAAACAUAUCUGAAAUCUCUUGAACUGUUGUAAAGUGAGCUGUGAGUCCAGAUAUAAAAGAAUCAAUAUGAUGGUAAAAAAGUUUUUUUGAAAUUGACUUCGUUAUCUGGUUUAGAGGAAAUUGUGGAGUCUCAUGGAGUAUCCUGGUUACCAUGGAAAUAUAUUUGUUUUUUCUUUCUCUUGAGUGGGAAUUCUGGACUGAUGUUUGCUGAUUCAGCUGAAAUUUGGCCUCUUUCAGAAAUUUUGGCCACUCAUCCCCAACAGAUUUCUGUUCACAUAUGUAUGAAUUCAGAUUGGUCACUUCAAUAUCAAUGAUUUAUCAAUAGUAGUUUUCUGUGCUUGAAGAAUCAUUACUUUUACCCAAAUCCUUACCAUGAUGACACAUAUGGAGGAUGUCAUGACACAUAUGAAGGAUGCCAUGACACAUGAAGGAUGCCAUGAUGACACAUAUGAAGGAUGCCAUUUUGACAUAAAGAAUGCUAUGAUGACACAUAUGAAGGAUGUCAUGACACAUGAAGGAUGUCAUUACACAUAUGAAGGAUGUCGUGAUGACACAUGAAGGAUGUCAUUAUGACACAGUUUCCUCUUAAUUCUUACAAUGCAGGUAUUUUUAUGCCAAAAUACAAUCUCAAUUUCUUUGUUUUGAAAAGAGGCUUUUUAAACUUCCGCAUUUUGUUGACUGAUGUUGUGCGGAUUGGCAAUAUAGAGCUCACGGACCACCAUUUGGGGAACAUCCUAACAAACAAUUUUUGUACCGUUUCACUCUUACUAUUUAUAGGUGUCGCUAUUAACACUGCAUCUACUUGUUGCCUUGGCAGAGGAAAAUUAUGAGAUAUGGAUGAAGAAAAGCAGUACUCCAUCUUUAAGGUUUUCCUCUACCCAUUGUAUUUGUAUAUUUCUUAUUGGUACACAGUUGCCUAUAUGGACGAGAAAAAAAAAUUCCACCCUUGAGGGCCCCCCAUGCAGGACUUACUGAGUUGCCUCAGCCUCACCUCCCCCCAAUUGUUACAACUUGGACACAUUUAUCAAUAUGAUCAUACUAUUCAUACAUAUACAUACAUUGUCACAAAUUUGUGACCACACAUGUGAUGUCAUUUUGGGCAUGGCCCCAAACAAAAGUAUUAUACUAAAUUAUGACCAUUUGUUUUCCUAUUGUUGCUCCUAAACUUAUAAACACAAGCCUUGUUAUUUAUUACUUCAGGGGGUCAUGUCAAAGUUUCAAUGACCUGCCACUUGCAUCAACACAAAUGAAAUGCACAAAUUUGAAUUCUCCAUCAAUGCUCUAUAAUUGACAUACUUUGAAAGCAUCAUGUUUCCUUUUACUUUUAAUAUUCAUUAUUUUGCAUAAUAAAAGGCUGAUUGGAUAUAAAAUUGAAUAAUACCUGAAUAAUCUUAUUUGAGUUUUUGACUGCAUACUUUACAGUACAGUUAUAUAUGCUGCAUGCAUUUUCAGAAAUAACUGUAUUUAUCAAAGAUAUUUAAACUUCCCUUUUUUUUUUCUUUUUUUUUUUUUUCUUAAAUUUAACCCCCUAAAAGGUUAUUUAUUUUUUGGGGGGUUUUUAAAAUUGUUUUUUUUUUUAAUUUUUUAUUAUUUGAGUUUUUUACUGCAUACUUUACAGUACAGUUAUUUAUGUUGCAUGCAUUUUCAGAAAUAACUGUAUUUAUCAAAGAUAUUUAAACUUCCCUUUUUUUUUUCUUUUUUUUUUUUACUCAAAUGUAACCCCCUAAAGAGUCAUUAAUUUUUUGGGGGGUUUUGAAAAUGCUAUUUAUUCUGAAUCUUGUCAAGUACCCGGUAAAUGAGAUAAUCUAAAUGCACCAGGUAUUACAUGAGAUCCAAGUUCACAAUAUUUGUUAAUAUUUUCCACAGAUUGAUGAGUUUCUCCUAAGAUGUCUUGGUUGGAGAAAUUAUUUGGUACAAUUGAGAGGGAUAACGAGGCAUCACAGGAAAUUAAAUUAGACCCCACUGCCAAUCAGAAUGUCGUAAUUGAUCCUAAAGUUGCUGAAUAUUUUAAAGACUUUCCAGAUCCUUACAGGGAAAAGGUUGUACAGCGUUAUGUAAGUAUCAAAUAUUUGAAGUACAGGUAUGGGGUAGUUUUUAUAUUGAGGUUGUGGGAAGCUUUGACUUUGAUGGGUUUUUUUUGGUUUAAGUAAGGCAAACACUAGUUUUUGACUCAUGAAACCAUUUAUAGUUAGGUUGCAAUCAUUUAAAUUUAAAGCAAUUCAUUUGUUCUGAACUUUAGCUAUUUUAACAUCUCCAUUUCAGAGUAAACGUGAAGGCAUAUACCAGUUGGAUUUUUUUAGAGUAAGUCUCAAACUCAAUGUCAUCAAACAAAUGUCAUCAAACUCAAUGUCAUCAAACAAAUGUCAUCAAACUCAAUGUCAUCAAACUCAAUGUCAUCAAACAAAUGUCAUCAAACAAAUGUCAUCAAACUCAAUGUCAUCAAACAAAUGUCAUCAAACAAAUGUCAUCAAACAAAUGUCAUCAAACAAAUGUCAUCAAACAAAUGUCAUCAAACUCAAUGUCAUCAAACUCAAUGUCAACAAACUAAAUGUCAACAAACUCAAUGUCAUCAAACUCAAUGUCAACAAACUCAAUGUCAACAAACUCAAUGUCAUCAAACUCAAUGUCAUCAAACUCAAUGUCCUCAAACUCAAUGUCAUCAAACUCAAUGUCAUCAAACAAAUGUCAACAAACUCAAUGUCAUCAAACUCAAUGUCAUCAAACUCAAUGUCAUCAAACUCAAUGUCAUCAAACUCAAUGUCAUCAAAUAAAUGUCAACAAACUCAAUGUCAUCAAACUCAAUGUCAUCAAACAAAUGGAGAAAAAAAAUCAUCUCAACACCUAAAGCACAGUUUCUUCACUUGACAACUAAAAUAUUUUUUGGUAGAAGUAGAAGAAAAAGUCAGAAAUCUGUAACAAUGCUAAAUUUUAUAAUUGCUCAUGGUGCAAAACAUAGUCACGUUUCUGUAUAGAAUUAUAGUGGAGAUAAAAUAGUAAUGCUGGUUGUUUUUUUUAAAAAGUUGUUAAUCUCUACCAGGAUCAAGCUAUGCUAAAUGAGAGGAAAAUGGUCUCAAGGGGAAUAUUUCAACAAGACCGGAUUGAGCAUGAACACAAACUCAAAGAGAUUGAAGAGCAAGAAAGGAAGGUCCAAGACAAGGAGAGGAUUCAGAAAAACCUUGAAAGAGAAAUUCCAGAAUGGGAAAAGACCUUGCAGCAGUAUAUACCCCUGCAAGCUGAUGACAUUAUGGCACUGAAACUGUUUCAAACUAUCAACCUCUCUCUGAUUGGUGCAUCACUGAUUUGGGUUUCAUUAUCAGUUACGAAAAAGUAA